UUUGAGUGUACAGAGUAAAAUGUGUCAGUAGAGUGGGAGCGAAAUUAAAGAGUAACUGUGACUCCUCCCCAAAAUUAUCCUCCCAAAGUUUAGUUUAUCCGCCAUUACUGUUCGUCACGGCCAUCGCGAUCGCUGCCGUUUGUGGGUUUAGAAGAGAAGUUGCGCUUCUACUGGAUGUUAAAGAUGCAAACCAACAAUGUUGUCAGAGUGAAGUUCAAAGAUAGCAAGAAAUAUAUUUUUUCUCCAACACCUUUUACAUUUCAGAUGUUUUUGGAAUGUGUUGCCAAGAAAUUUGAUCUUCCUACAAUGGACGUUAAAGUCUUUGAUGACUCGAAGACAGAAGUUGAUGAGGAAGCAUUUGAAUAUCUGCUGACACGACCAGACCUUGGUGUCCUAGAAAUUUUCAUCCCAGGCACAGCAAGUUUUGAUGAUUCUUUAAGCUCAAGCUCAUUAGGAGAUGCUGGGGGCACAUCAGAGUCUGAUGACACAGCAAUGUUGAUUAGAAGUCCUCCUGAAAAAAAUCGAGCUGAGGAACGUCGUCUUGCCCAAAUGGUCGAAGAUAUCCUAAAGAGCAGCCCUGGAGGCGAGAAGGUCAUAAAUGAAUACGCUCGCACUAAAAGUCUGUCAGAUGGCAGAAGACGUGACGUGGUGGAAAUCUUGGUAGCACAUUUGACAAAUGAACAUGGAACAAGCCCUUCCCGACGUUUGAAGGAAGAAUAUGCGAAGGGAAUCAUCUCCCUAUUCCCAUACUUGGCUGACCCCAGGAGCAAACUUGGUUAUGAGCAUUAUUACAAUGCAGAAGAUGGAAGUGGAUAUUUGGCAUGGAGAAUUAAAACGCUGCAGAAAGAAGGAUCAGAGGGACGGAUGAAACGCCCACGGCAACCACAGACAGGUGGGCCAACUGCUGACAGGGAUCCCUACAAAGAAGACAGCUGGUUGAAUGAUGAACGUCAGUGUCAGGAAGCAAUUGCCCUGAUGAAGCAUACAGGUGAUGAGGCAGUGGUAAAGGAAAAGAUGAGGUUAACACUGGCCUAUCGCCAGAAGAUGCUGCACGACCCUAAAGAGGCACCUGAUAUUCUAUCCAUUUUCCUGCGAUUCAUGGAUAUACCAGGCUUGAUUGAUCAAGAUUUUGGACUUCUAUUUGGUGAUGCGACCUCUGCAAAGUUGUUGGAGAAGUGGUCUACCAACAUAAAACCACAGGUUAUUGCACAGAGCCGUGGCCUCACACAGACUAGUGAGCUCCAAGACCUCAUCCAAAAUGCUGAAGCCACUGAAGUUGAAGAAGGUAACUAUUGUGCUAUACCCUAA